GUCAUUUUGUCAUUUGUCAAAGUCCAAUUUAAAACAUUUUUUUCUUAUUAUUUUAAUUGAUAAGCAUAAAAUGGUUAAUAAGUAUCCAAAAUGCUUUGUAACAGUGGGUACUACACGUUUUGAUUUACUAGCUAAAUACAUAACAUCAGCAUCUGUACUUCGUGCUCUAAAAGAAAUUGGGUGCAAAGAAUUAACAUUUCAAAUAGGAAACAGUGCUGUUAAUCCAGAAGAAUACGAGAAAGAAGGUAUCAAACUAAGUUUAUACAGGUUUAAAGACUCCAUACAAGAAGAUAUUCUUAACGCCGAUUUGGUAAUAAGUCAUGCGGGUGCUGGAAGUUGUUUGGAAGUGUUAGAAGCUUGUAAACCUCUAUUGGUAGUAGUAAAUGAAGAAUUAAUGGAUAACCAUCAGUUAGAAUUGGCUGAACAGUUGCAAGUGGAUGGACAUUUGUACUAUUGUACUUGUGAUACUUUAGAAAAUACUUUAAGCACAGUUGACUUCAAUUUACUAAUCCCAUUACCGAAACCUGACUGCUCACUGUUUGUAAAGUUUUUAGAUGACGUAUUUAAAGUUCAAACUUCAUAGUGUUAGGAAGGAAAUCCGAAAAUGUGGCUGUGUAUUGACCCAACUGUAGCCCCUCACUAUUCAUUCUGACACUGGACUUUGUAACGCUAGCACGUCAUUCACGCCAAUGGACUCUAAUUAAUAAUGUCUAAAAAUAGUAACAAUAAUUCUAAAUGUUGUACACCAGUAAAAUAAGAUAAUGCUAAUAAGAUAAAUUUGUGAUAUAUUUUGGUGCUAUGAAAAUAAAGUCUUAUAUAAUUGAUAACUUCUCUUUUGUUAAACUUGAACUCUGAUAACACAUCUAAUCCAAAGGAAAUAAAAAAUUAUAUAAUAUAAAAAAUUAUUUUCAUAGGUAUACAAGAUAUUCAUGACAGGAGAUUAAUUUUUAAAUAACUUUUAGCAAAAGGAAGGACCAAACA